GAGAAGCCAAAAGAAGGAGGCUUGAAAGUUUGGGAACAAAAAGAAAAUGACGAAAUGAUUCAAACAAGUGUUGUCAUCAGAUGGUGAUGAGUGCUGGUUACUCGCAGUGACAUCACCCCUUUAUGAAUUUAAAGACUUGAAUUUCACGGACGCUAUAAAAACUCGAAACGUACUCGAGACUUUUCUUUUGUAAAACUCACAUCCCAUCUCACUACUAUCCCAUCAAAAAACUACCACAUACCUACAAGAAAAUGCACACAAAAGCCCUUGUUUACACUUUGGCAGCGGCAGGAUGCGUCCUCUCCUCGCUUCCUUCGUCGGAUGCAUUCUGGUUGAUCCCUGGAUCAAGCAGGAGGAGUGAUGGCAUCGUCGACACGGGAAGGUCAAUCGUUGGAGACGCACGAGAAAAGGUCGGAAACCUUGUACCUGGAGCUGAGGAAUCGCCUUUAGCCGAUCUCCUACGAGCCCUUGAAGAAGUUACAACAGAUGUUGGAGCAACAGCCUCUCUUGCCAAGAGCGCUCUCCUUCGAGGAAUGUACCUCCGCCAAAACGACAAUGAAUACCUCCUUGCAAUGGACGUUCCCGGUCUACACACAAACGAGCUCGUGGUGACGGCGGACCGGGGCACACUCAAGAUCAAGGGCGAGCAUAAAUGCAAGAACAUUGCAGGAACAGAGAAACCCGAUCCCCUCUGCAUUGAGCGCUACUACGACGCGGCCUUCACAUUCCCAAGUGACGCGGAUGAGGAACAUGCUCAAGCGCAUCUGGACGCCGGCGUCGCAUAUGUAAAGGUUCCCAAACUCAAGGGUGAGAAACGCGGGAUUGGCCGAGUGCUAAAGUUGACGGAAGAUGCCGCUGAAUGGGUAUAUGAAGAAUCUGGCGCCAAGAAGGUCAUUGACAAAACCAAGGAGGCGUAUGAAGCUGUCAAAGAAGGAGUUGUCAAGGGCUCCACACAAGCAACAGAAACAAUCAAGAAUGCCGCCGCAGGUGCAACAGACGUAGUGAAGAACGCUGCCAACAGUGCCAAUCAAGCUGCGAACGAGGCCGCGAACCAAGCUGCUGAGGCUGCCAAUGCCGCCAAGGAGACUGUCAAGAAUACCGCUGCGCAAGCUACAGACCGUGUCAAGGGAGUAAAAGAAACACCUGUCGUUGAGGACAACCGAGGUUUCGUCGAGCGUGUGAAGGAAUCUAUCAAGGAGCGGGUCGUGGGUAGAGGUAGUGCCGAAGGGCAGGUACCUGUUGAGCGCAAGGAUGAAUUGUAAAGUCCCUUUAUGAUUGCUCGGUGAUGCAGAUGCAUUUUAUAUAGUCUAGUUUGAAGCCGUUUACUCUUUUUUUGCUGUCACCUAUAUUGUACAUGCCCGCAAACUCUUUUGUUCCAACAUUUAAAUGUUUGCAAAGAAAAGAGCCCAGCUCUGUUUUCAACUUGAUACAAAUCUAAUUACAAUGCAAGCACAAAUAUCCCGUCUCA